CCUCCCUCCCUCUCUCUCUCUCUCUCUCUCUCAUUUCGAGUUACUCCUCUUGAGAACGCCAAUGGCGGCGUCUCUCCUCUCCGCGCUCUCCUUCUCCCUCCAAAACCCUAGAGAAACCCUAAAAGUCCCUCGCCCUCAGAUCCCUCUUCUCGGCUCCCCUCUCCUUCUUAGAGCUAGAAAGGCUCUUACCCUUCCUUCUCUUCUACCCUCUCGACAUCUAUCCUCCUCGGAGAGGCUUCGAUCGGUUCCCAACGCACGUGUCUCUUCCACUCCUACCGCAACUAGAAACUACGAGUUUGCUGAUGGUGUUGCAGAGGUAGAAUUGAGGUUAGAUAUUGGGGCAUUAGGUGUGCAAAGUUCGAGAGAUGUUUUUGUGGAUGUAGAUGAGACUUCAUUAUUGAUUAGAGUUAAAGUUGCCGGAACCCUCAUAACUCUUAUGGAAACAGAUCGUCUGUUUGAGAGGAUAAAAUCUUCAGAAACAAUAUGGUACAUAGAUGAGGAUCAAUUGGUACUUAAUCUGAAGAAGUAUGACGCAGAUUUGAAAUGGCCUGAUAUCAAGGAAUCUUGGGAGUCGCUUUCUGUAGGAAUACCUCAAUUAUUAAAAGGAACUUCUGUUUAUAUUAUUGGUGAUUCCACAGAGAUUAAUGAGGCAGUGGCUAAAGAACUUGCUAACGGCAUUGGAUAUGUUCCACUUUAUACAAGUGAACUGCUGGAAAGAUAUGCUCAACAAUCAGUCGAUUCAUGGGUGGCUUCGGAAGGAGCUGAUAGUGUUGCUGCGGCAGAAAGUGCUGUAUUAGAAAGUCUUAGCAGUCAUGUUCGUACUGUCGUUGCUACGCUUGGGGGGCAGCAUGGAGCUGCAAGUAGACCUGACAGGUGGCGACAUCUUCAUGCUGGCUUCACUGUAUGGUUGUCCAGAUCUGAAGCUAUAGAUGAAGCAUCUGCAAAGGAAGAGGCUCAAAGGCAUAUAGAAGAUGGAAGUUUAGCUUAUACAAAGGCAGACAUAGUCGUGAAGCUCGGGGGAUGGGAUAUAGGCUAUGCUCGAGAUGUGGCUCAGGGGUGUCUAAGUGCUUUGAAACAACUAACCCUAUCAGAUAAGCAGCUUGCAGGAAAGAAGAGUCUUUACAUUAGGUUAGGGUGCCGAGGAGAUUGGCCUAACAUCAAGCCUCCUGGUUGGGACCCGUCAAGCGGGUAGAUCCCUCUCUUCAAUCUUAACAAAAAGCAUCUGCAAUGUUGUAAUGACAAGUUCGAUUGCAAAUUUGUUCAUUAGAACCACCAGAGUAAGUACAUGAUGUUUCAAAAUUAACCAUAUUUCUUUGGGGUAGUGGCGGUAAAUGAUUUUUUCCCUUUUCCUUCCGUGGAAAAAUUCCCAUGAAGUGCAAGCGCUCGAAAACGGAUGUUACUUGAGAAAAAUUUGGAAAUGUGUUGGUCCAUAUCUUUGCCGAAUUCAUCUGCUAGUGUACGACCACGGUGUAUUAACAUGGAUAUAUUUGGUUGGCAAACUUCUAUGUUAUUUUCAUACAGUUUUAUGCA